GCAGCUGUAGAGCCGGGCGGGGCUUUCGGCCGCGGCGGGGAGGCGGGGAGGAGGAGGCGGAGAGGCGGAAUAUGGCGGACGGCGUGGACCACAUAGAUAUCUACGCCGAUGUGGGAGAGGAAUUCAACCAGGAGGCUGAGUAUGGUGGUCAUGAUCAAAUAGAUCUGUAUGACGACGUCAUCUCUCCAUCUGCCAAUAACGGCGAUGCUCCAGAGGAUCGUGAUUAUAUGGACUCUCUCCCACCAUCUGUUGGAGAUGAUGUAGGCAAAGGAUCAGCACCAAAUGUUGUCUACACGUAUACAGGAAAGAGAAUUGCAUUGUACAUUGGGAAUCUUACUUGGUGGACCACAGAUGAAGAUUUAACUGAAGCAGUUCAUUCACUUGGUGUAAAUGAUAUUUUGGAGAUAAAAUUUUUUGAAAACCGAGCUAAUGGCCAGUCUAAGGGGUUUGCUCUUGUAGGUGUGGGAUCUGAGGCAUCUUCCAAAAAACUAAUGGAUCUGUUGCCUAAACGAGAAUUGCAUGGUCAAAAUCCUGUUGUUACUCCUUGUAAUAAGCAGUUUCUGAGUCAAUUUGAACUGCAGUCCAGAAAAACUACACAGUCAGGCCAGAUGUCUGGUGAAGGCAAAGCUGGUCCUCCUGGAGGCAGUUCACGGGCAUCGUUUCCACCAAGUAACAGAGGGAGGGGUCGUUUUCCAGGUGCCCUUCCAGGAGGAGAUAGAUUUCCUGGACCAGCUGGACCAGGAGGACCCCCACCACCUUUUCCAGCUGGACAGACACCUCCACGUCCACCCCUAGGCCCUCCAGGCCCUCCAGGUCCUCCUCCACCUGGCCAGGUUCUACCUCCUCCACUAACGGGUCCCCCUAAUCGUGGUGACCGUCCCCCUCCUCCAGUUCUUUUUCCAGGGCAACCCUUUGGUCAACCUCCACUGGGUCCACUUCCCCCUGGCCCUCCACCUCCAGUUCCAGGCUAUGGUCCUCCACCAGGUCCUCCACCCCCACAACAGGGCCCUCCUCCACCUCCAGGUCCUUUCCCCCCUCGUCCACCUGGUCCGCUAGGGCCACCCCUGACAUUGGCUCCUCCUCCUCACUUACCUGGGCCUCCACCAGGUGCUCCCCCACCAGCUCCACAUGUGAAUCCAGCUUUCUUCCCCCCGCCAGCCAACAGUGGCAUACCUACAUCAGACAGCCGUGGCCCACCACCUUCAGACCCAUAUGGCCGACCUCCACCUUAUGAUAGAGGUGAUUAUGGUCCACCAGGCAGGCGUUUCACUGGAAAUAACAUGCCCAUAAGAGAACAAUUACAUAUGCCAUUGUAUUGGAGACAAACGAAAAAUAAUACUCAAAACGCAGGGAGAGAAAUAGAUGCUGCAAGGACGCCUUUAAGUGAAGCAGAAUUUGAAGAAAUCAUGAAUAGAAACAGAGCUAUCUCUAGCAGUGCCAUUUCAAGAGCUGUAUCAGAUGCAAGUGCUGCGGAGUAUGGAAGUGCUAUAGAAACCUUGGUGACUGCAAUUUCAUUAAUUAAACAGUCUAAAGUAUCUGCUGAUGAUCGUUGCAAAGUACUUAUUAGCUCUCUGCAAGAUUGCCUCCAUGGAAUUGAGUCCAAGUCUUAUGGUUCUGGGUCAAGAAGACGUGAGCGAUCAAGAGAGAGAGACCACAGCAGGUCAAGAGAGAAGAGCCGGCGCCACAAAUCUCGUAGCAGAGAUCGUCAUGAUGAUUAUUACCGGGAAAGAAGCCGUGAACGUGAGAGACAUCGUGAUCGCGAUAGAGACCGCGACAGAGAGCGCGAUAGAGAACGAGAGUAUCGCCAUCGUUAAGAGCAAAAUCUACAUCACAAAUUUUGACACAUUACAGCUGAAGGAAGAGGAACACCUCACCAGACAAGAAACUUAACUUCACGGAAAGAGGCUUGUCCAGCAGUUUGCUUCUUGUGAUCGAACAGAGCCUGUAAAGAUUCAUGGAUAAAAUGAACAGGAAUAGAUCUGAAUAAGGCAAAUCUGCAUACAUGGUAACCAGUAGCUCUCUUACCUUUUUAUGUUGCUUAGCUGUUUUAUUUGAAGGAACCUGUGUGAUUUAAAACGUAUAGCUUUUUGCAACUUUAUUACUGGUUAUAUACAUUCGACAAUUAAAAUGUGCAAGCAAAUUGAAAAAUGUCUAGUAAAUGCUUGUUUUUAUAGUAGUUCUUGUUUAAAUGUUCAAAUGAUAAUGUCUGUAAAGAGCACCAAUCUGAUUACAAUAGAUGUAGUGUUGUAAUAAACUGUUUAAUGGGGCUGAUGUGUAAAGCUGUUCCAAGUUAUUUGAUGUUUACACCUCAGGGAGCGUCUUGUGUUCAGCAAUAUUUAAUGGUGUUAUAACAAUGUCUCUAACAAAACAUAGCAUAUUUUUUGCAUAUGCAUCAACUUGUUGUAUUUGCUGAUUGAUUAGCAGUUGUCAAACACUUGAUAUUGAUACUAGAAUAAUGGUUACAUUUCAUUUUAAUUUGUAGCUUUUUUGCAUAGAUGGCUUGUGAAUUUGCUGAAAGCGGUGCGCAAAACUGUAAAAACUGUAGAUUAACUUUCUGUAAUAAUUCAAAUAGACUGAACUUUCUUUAAAGAA